UUAACAUUAUUAUUGUCAUAAACAUUAUGUCCAUUUUAAAUAAAAUGUUUGCCCUGAAGCAGUUUUGCAGGAAUAAAGGCUAUUCAACCGUAUUGAAGCGAUGUUUAACGCUGAAUGUUGACACGGCAUUCGAUAAUAAGGUAUAUAGAUUACAUCAAAUUGAGACUGGUCCAUCAAUAACAUCAGAACUGGAAAAAGCUGAAGCUCUUAAAUUGUUUAAACAAAUGGAUAUGGUGCGCAGAACUGAAAAUGCCUUAGCAGGUUUAUACAGAGAAAAGAAAAUUAGAGGAUUCUGUCAUUUAGUUGUUGGACAAGAAGCCGUCUGUGUGGGAAUAAAUUCAAUAAUGAGACCACAAGAUACCAUAAUAACAUCCUACAGAUGCCAUGGCUGGGCUGUCUUGAGGUGUGAAAGCAUAUCUGGUGUUAUUGCAGAACUUCUGGGUUUUCAGUCUGGGGCGGCUAGAGGGAAAGGAGGGUCCAUGCAUAUUUAUGGUCCCCAAUUUUUCGGAGGAAAUGGAAUAGUUGGGGCUCACGUACCUUUAGGUGUUGGUAUUGGUUUAAAACACAAAUAUACAAACGAUGGUGCUGUUAGCGUUGUGUUGUAUGGCGAUGGAGCUGCUAACCAAGGACAGGUCUUUGAAGCGUUUAAUAUAGCGAAACUAUUAAUGCUGCCUGUUUUGUUUAUUGUUGAAAAUAACUAUUACGGGUUGGGAACGGCAAGUCAUAGGAGUUCUGCCAAUCCGGAGUAUUAUAGAACAUGUAGCUUUCUGCCAGGUAUACGAUGCAGUGGAAUGGAUAUAUUAACCGUUAGAGAAUCGACAAGAUACGGAUUCAAACAUAUUUUAGAUGGAAAAGGCCCGAUAAUUGUUGAAAUGAUGACUUACAGAUAUUUUGGCCAUUCUAUGUCAGAUCCAGGAACAAGUUACAGAGACAGGGAUGAAAUUAGCAGCGUCAGGGAGAGAAAAGAUGCCAUUCAGCAUAUGAAAAACAUGCUUGUAGAAAGUAAGCUAGCCACUCCGGAAGAAAUCAAAGCAAUAGAAACCGAAAAUAAGAAAUUAGUAACAGCAGAAACAGAAAAAGCGUUCAAAGAUAAAGAAACACCGGUAGAAGAACUAACGGCUGAUUGCUAUAAGUCAUUUCCGUUCCCAAUGAGAGUGCCUAAAAUGCACACAUGGAUACCACAUAAAAAUAUUGGAAAAUAUGGCUCUGUAUCAAAAUGAUUUAUUUACAAGUAUUUUACAUAGUAUAUUGAGUAAAUAAAAAAU